UUUGAAGGAAGUUGGUGUGAAAUUGACAUCAAUGAGUGUGGUUCAAAUCCAUGCCAAAAUCAAGCUGACUGUGUGGACCAGGUCAACGGUUACAGGUGUGAAUGUAAGAAGGGAUACUCUGGCCUUCGCUGUGAGGAAGACAUCAAUGAGUGUGCCUCAAAUCCUUGCAGCAAUGCUGGCAUCUGUCAGGACCUUGUGAACAAUUUGUAUCCCGUCAUGACUGCAUUCCCGUGUGACCUGGCCCUGAUCAGAGCACUCCCCUGGCUGCACAGUCCAGGGAGUUCACAUCAGUGUUAUCACAUUCUCCUUAGGUUCCACUGCUUUUGCCCUCCUGGUUAUUUUGGAACGCUGUGUGACCUGGAUGUGAACGAGUGUGAAGUUUCACCUUGCCUACACGAGGGCAUCUGUAUCAACACGCCUGGGGGCUUCAAGUGCAUCUGCCGGCCUGGAUAUACAGUAGUGAAAGUCCAACAAAAUAAUGAUACGGACUGUGCUUGCAGUCCCUGCUUGAACGGAGGCUCAUGCGUGGAUCUUAUUGAUAAAUAUGCAUGCUUCUGUCAGGACGGCUACACAGGAAAGACUUGUGAAAAUGAUAUAGAUGUUUGCAGUGAAGGUCCUUUUAAUGUCUCGCUGUGUUUCAAUGGAGCCACGUGUCUGGAUGGGGAAGGAUCGAACUUUACAUGCAGUCACAUGCCAGAAGGAAAUUUCACUAUCGCAGACUGUGCUUGCAGUCCCUGCCUGAACGGAGGCUCAUGCGUGGAUCUUAUUGAUAAAUAUGCAUGCUUCUGUCAGGACGGCUACACAGGAAAGACUUGUGAAAAUGAUAUAGAUGUUUGCAGUGAAGGUCCUUUUAAUGUCUCGCUGUGUUUCAAUGGAGCCACGUGUCUGGAUGGGGAGGGAUCGAACUUUACAUGC